AUGGCCACUCAAGAUGAGAAUUACUUGAUCAUCGAAGACCACAUCAUACCCCAAGGGGUGAUCCUCGCCGUGUUGGCACCAUUCGUCUUUAUCCUCAACUUUCCGCCACUGAUAUGGCAUCUCCGCAAUCGCAACACGGCAGCUGUCAGCAUGGUCUUCUGGGUCAUGCUGAUGAACUUCCUUAGCGUUCUCAAUGUAAUUAUCUGGCCAUAUAUCGACAUGCGCGACAUGUAUGAUGGCCAAGGUCUCUGCGAUGUCGAAAUCAAGCUGUUGGGUGCUCGUACUGCUGGACUCAACGCUGCUGUGCUGUGUCUGUUACGAGCUCUGGCUGCAGUGUUGAAUGUCGACAAGAACUUACUGGGUCCUUCCAAAGCACAGAAGAGAUGGAACACAGCUGUCGAGAUGGUUUGGUGCGUUGGGCUUCCGCUUCUGACCAUGAUUCUUCAGUAUAUUGUGCAGCUGAAUCGAUUUGCUCUUCUCGGAGUCUCGGGCUGUCAGCCUAUGAGCUUGAUGAGCUGGACAGGUUUCGUCCUGAUCUUCUUACCCCCAAUGAUCGCGAAUGCUAUCGCUCUAUACUAUGCGAUCCUCGUCAUCUACCGCCUCAACAAAUACCGUUCAUCUUUCAACAGCAUCCUUGCCAGCAGCAACACAACACGGAGUCGCUUCUUCUGCCUCUUCGCUACCGCCUCUACACUCAUCCUCGGUAUCACACCUGUCCAAAUCUACAUUAUCGUCACUCAAUACCCACGUCAAAGCUACCCAUUCAAUUUUCGCAAACUUCACGACCCAGCGACAUGGAACACAUCCGUGGUCUUGCCUUCCACUGUUCUCUACGAUCGAUGGAUCAAUCUAGCAUGUGGCUUCUUGAUCUUCUUUUUCUUCGGCAUGGGUAGAGACGCCAAGGGCAUGUACAAGGAGUGGUUGGUCAAGAUGGGACUGGGAAGAUUGUUUCCGGUCUUAUCGCUGGACAGUCAUGGAUCCUCUCAACGAGGAGGACUUUCCACGGAUAACAGCAAAAGAUUGCUGUGGAGAAAAUCUUCUUGGAUCGCAACGACGGAAAGGUAA